UAUCUGUCUCAUUGUUCUCAUCUGUGCCUUAGCUGCCUCCGGUCCUCUACCAUUACCAACUGAAGAUGGCGGCGUCAGGAACCGCAGCCCCCCGUCGCCUUGUCCAGUAUGUUGUGGUCCGGUCAGACCUGGUCCAUACGUUGGCCUGGCCAUUAGGUGCGGUUAUAACGCAAGCCUGCCAUGCUGCCACCGCCGCCAUUCAUCUAAACUACAACGACCCAGACACGCAGGAGUACCUGGCAGAACUGGACAGCAUGCACAAAGUGGUGCUUCAGGUAGCUGGGACUGGGGUACUAUUAUUAGCUUGGAAGUUAAUACAUUUUAUACUGAUAAUAGUGAACUAAAUCUAUAUGCCUGUGUUUUGCGCAAACGUUUGCAAAACAAGCUUCCUACUGACUUUGGCCAUGCGCACAGUGGUCUCAUCAAGCUGCAUCAAUAUAACCUCUCAAUACAAAAUCAUUUUUAUGUAAAGUCAAUAUUUUUACGUAAAGUUUCUUAUGUAAAGUGAAUACAGUAGGAUGGAAUAAUUAUGCAGUGAAUGAUAUAAGAUGUGAUUGUUGAGAAAAUAAACUAAUGCUUGUGAUCUCCCUCUUCUCCGUCAUCUGUUGGUCAGGCUCUGGACCAGGCCUCCCUCUCCAUCCUGUCUGAGACGCUGACAGAGAAUGGGUUGGCCCACAAGCUGUGGAUUGAGCAGCCAGAGAACAUCCCCACCUGCCUGGCCCUGAAGCCUUACCCCAAAGAGACUGUACAUCCUCUGCUGCACAAGUUCAAACUGUUCAAAUGACACAGAGGGACAAAGAGAGACCCCUGUAACAUGCAUUUGGUGAAUGGAGUCUGUACCAUGGCUUCAUACCAGUUAAUAUGAUGGUCUUCUUUUUGGUUGACCUGUGCAUCUUGGUGAUGCUGAAGGGGGUUAGAACCAGCAUUCAGUGUCUGUGCUUCAAAUUCACAAGGAAGAAUCUCACUCUGAUAAGCACAGUGUCAGUGUUUGUCAUCCUACAGUAACAAGGAGACAUCAAUCACUGAACGCUGCCAUUAAAUGGCCAUUUAAAGAGUAGAUGUCUGUCCACCUAAUUUGAUGUGGCCACGUGUCUUGUGAUUCAAUUAAAUGGUGAACAGGUUAUGUAAGGUCUUUUUCUAGCUGCUGGUGAGUGGAAUCUGUUUACAAACAUACAAGAUGCAUUAAACAUUAUAAAUUAA